UUCAGAGGCGUGGAUUCCCAGCACUGCUGUCUCCUUAAGGUUAAAUCGACCCUCUUCCUUUAACUCUUUUGUACCCUGCUGUGCAGGGAAAUGUAGCGUUAGUCAUCUGUUUUGUCGGCGCAUAAAAAGAUGUGCCGUCUCGAAGUUUCUAAUAAUAGCCAACCUUAUUUUUACCACACCGCCGCCUUAUUGCAUUAUGGAUGCCUCUGGAAUGGUGUCCCUUCAAGAUAGCGUGGGAAUAUUUCCGUAAAGGCUGUAGCUGUGCAUCUCAGGGCUAAAUGCUCCAGCAUCCGUCCGGCCGUCUGCAACUGUGAGAGCGUCUCGUUUUACCGGAGGCUGGCCGCAGUCUGAGUCCAGGCUCCUGCGCGUGGGGAUGCGUUUCUUUCAUCCGCAGCGGAAGACUUUAUUCUCUGCAUGCCGGAUUUAACUCCACAGGAGCGCUAGGCUAUGCGGGAAUAUAAGGUGGUGGUGCUCGGGAGUGGCGGGGUGGGGAAGUCCGCGCUGACCGUGCAGUUUGUCACCGGGACAUUUAUAGAAAAGUACGACCCGACUAUAGAAGAUUUCUACAGGAAAGAGAUCGAAGUGGACUCCAGUCCGUCGGUGCUAGAGAUCUUGGACACGGCGGGGACCGAGCAGUUCGCCUCAAUGAGGGACCUCUACAUUAGAAACGGCCAGGGCUUCAUCCUAGUCUACAGUCUGGUCAACCAGCAAAGUUUUCAGGACAUCAAGCCGAUGAGAGAUCAGAUCAUCCGGGUCAAACGGUACCAGCAGGUGCCUGUGGUGCUGGUGGGUAACAAGGUGGACCUGGAGGAUGAGAGGGAAGUUUCCCCCAGCGAGGGCCAGGCGCUGGCUGAGGACUGGGGCUGCCCCUUCAUGGAGACUUCAGCCAAGAGCAAGACGAUGGUGGAUGAGCUGUUUGCAGAGAUUGUCAGGCAGAUGGACUUCUGCCCUCUGCCCGACCGGAGAAAGAACUGCUGCCCCACCUGCAGCAUUCAGUAGCAGCCUGAUGGAGGGGUGGUGGGUGGAGGUGGAGGGGGUAGAAAUCAGAGUACAAACGUAUUCAUGUUAGACAGUUUAAAGAUAGAGUUAGAGGAUAAAUCCACUCUUGAUAUUAAUAUUUUUACCUGGAUUCUGUGUCUACAAAUCACGGCCUGCUUAAUGGACAAGAGGCAUUUUGGGAAAUGUAGGAAAUUGCUCACUGAAGCAGCAUUAGACAAAACAAGUGAAGGGGGGAAUUAGAUUUAAAUGUUCAUCACCUCUUUGACACAAGGUGGCUUUUCACUUGAAAGAAAAAGCAACACAUGACCUCCAGCAACCAUCACCAUCCUGCUGAUUAUUCAGGAGUGAAUUUCCGGGAUUUUCCAAAAAGCAGCGCAGUGCCAAAGCCAUCAAUCGAGAGGAUCACAGUGCAGAAUGCUUUUGGGAAUGCAGCCAUACAUCCAAGCAGGAAUGGCAGCGUGCUCAGCAGUUUUAUUAGACCUCUUCUUUUCAGCUUGUGUUUUUCUUUUGCACUUUUAGGACAUUUUUGACAGUGCAAGACCAAUCACUAAGUAUCUAAACAGAUAUGUAACACCACUGUGAAGGAGUCGCACUGAAGUUUAUUUCACAGCAGGCCCGCCUAACUAUGAAUGAAAAGAUGAAGGAAUGUCUAAAAAGAAAACUGCACCUUUGGGGAAAUUCAUGCAGAAGAUCCCAAAUGCUGACAUACUGUGGAUGAUGUGUGCAUGAAGCUGUACUGCCACACUGACAUUGAGUACAAUCAAUCUCACCCAAAGAGACAAUAUCAAUCAAUCAGCUAAUCAGCCAGUCAAUAAAAUGUUCAGACACUUGUCUUUUCACAUUACAAAUGCCUUGAAGUAAACAUCGGUGUCAGUGUGUAGUUCAUCUACCUUAAGUCACAUCAGAAAUGUUAGUGGAUUGAUGUCAGAAACACUUAUUUUCAACAAAAAAUAAAACUUUAUGCACAUGUGUGUCAUGUAUUUAUU